UUGCCACUUGCUUGUUGCAGGUUCAUUUGUUAAGAAGAGGCUUGGCUAGAGCGUCAGAGUGAACUUCUUCAGCUGCUUGAAGCUUACUGCAUUUCAGAGGCACAGCCAUGAGCCACUUUAAUAAGGAAGAGGUUGACUGCCAUGUCCUUGAUGAAGGCUUCACUGCCAAGGACAUCCUGGACCAAAAAAUUAAUGAGGUUUCUUCUUCCGAUGACAAGGAUGCCUUUUACGUCGCAGACCUCGGAGACAUUCUAAAGAAACACCUCAGAUGGUUCAAAGCUCUUCCCCGAGUCACUCCCUUUUAUGCAGUCAAAUGUAAUGACAGCAGAGCCAUAUUGAGCACCCUGGCCGCCGUCGGCACCGGCUUUGACUGUGCCAGCAAGACUGAAAUACAGUUGGUGCAGAGCCUGGGGGUGCCUUCCAACAGGAUCAUCUAUGCGAACCCUUGUAAGCAAGUGUCUCAGAUCAAGUACGCGGCCGGCAGCGGAGUGCAGAUGAUGACUUUCGACAGUGAAGUGGAGCUGAUGAAAGUGGCCAGAGCACACCCAAAGGCGAAGCUGGUUUUGCGGAUUGCCACUGAUGAUUCCAAAGCAGUCUGUCGCCUCAGUGUUAAAUUUGGUGCCACACUCAAAACCAGCAGACUUCUUUUGGAACGAGCAAAAGAGCUAAAUAUUGACGUUAUUGGUGUCAGCUUCCAUGUGGGGAGUGGCUGCACUGAUGCAGAGACCUUCGUGCAGGCUGUCUCUGACGCCCGCUGUGUCUUCGACAUGGGGGCUGAUUUUGGCUUCAGCAUGCAUCUGCUUGACAUUGGUGGUGGCUUCCCUGGAUCUGAGGAUGUGAAGCUGAAAUUUGAAGAGAUCACCAGCGUGAUCAACCCAGCCCUGGACAAGUAUUUCCCAUCAGACUCUGGAGUGAAGAUCAUAGCAGAGCCGGGCAGAUACUAUGUUGCAUCUGCUUUCACACUGGCAGUUAAUAUCAUUGCCAAGAAAAUCGUGUGGAAGGAGCAGAGUGGCUCUGACGAUGAAGAUGAGCUGAAUGAGCAGACUUUUAUGUAUUACGUGAAUGAUGGCGUAUACGGGUCCUUCAACUGCAUCCUUUAUGAUCAUGCACAUGUGAAGCCCCUGCUGCAGAAGAGACCCAAGCCCGAUGAGAAGUACUACUCGGCCAGCAUUUGGGGACCCACGUGUGAUGGCCUUGAUCGCAUUGUUGAGCGCUGUGACCUGCCCGAGAUGCACGUGGGUGACUGGAUGCUCUUUGAGAACAUGGGUGCCUACACCGUUGCUGCCGCUUCGACUUUCAAUGGCUUCCAGAGGCCAACGAUCCACUACGUGAUGUCACGGCCCAUGUGGCAAGUCAUGCAGCAAGUCCAGAAGCACGGCUUCCCGCCUGGCGUGGAGGAACAGGACGUCAGCACGCUGCCCCUGUCCUGCGCGCAGGAGAGCGGCUUGGAGCGGCGCCCGGCGGCCUGCACUUCUGCCAGUAUCAAUGUGUAGAAACUUCUUGUAGCUGUCAAGUGCAAGUGUAGCUUGAAUUAAGGGAUUUGGGGGGACCACUUAACUUAAUUACUGCUAGUUUGAGCAUCUUUGUAAGAGUAGGGCUGGCACAGAUGCAGCAAUAACGGAAGACUAGGAGAGGGGGGGGUCACACUUUUCUGUGUUCCUAUGGAAACUAUUUGCAUAUUUGUUUUCUAUGGAUUUUUAUUCACUUUUCCAACAUGCUCUAAAGAGUGCCCCUCGGCUGCCCAGCAAGCGUUUGUAGCUUGUACAAUGGCAGCGAGGGUCAGAAGCUUAGUGUUGGGACUUGUUUUGAAAAUAAAGUAUCUUGAAAUAAUGAGA